AUGUCGAACGAGACGAAACCUUACACGACUGGAAAUGGUACUGUCGUGGAAACAUGCGUGCUUGAAGCCGAAGGUUCGUCAGCGGGGGACACUGGUGUAUCAGAUGCGAUCUGGGACCUCGGUGUUUUCGAGCAACGACUGCAUGAUAUUGAUCUGAGUUAUGACUGCCCAGCAUUUGACCCUGACAUGGCCAACGAGCUCCUCAUCAACACCACAAUCUCGGCACUGGCCCUAAACCAGCGAUUUGACACUGUCAACGGCACAGAGACCCGCACUUUCAAUAUCUACCGCUUCGAGAACAAGCUCGUCUUCUUCCUCCCAUACGGUCUCUCACUCGCCCUAGCGAUACCAAUCCUAGUGCUAGGGCUCGUAGCUCUUUACGUCCAAAACCACGGGGUUUCGGCAAUCAGUGGGGGUUUCAUGCAGCUUCUGAUGACGACUACUGGACGAGGUUCACUUGAAGCGGUCGUUACGAGAGGCUCGGGCACGUUGGGUGGAUACGAGAAUGUUUCAGAAGAGCUGCGUAGGAUGGAGGUCAGAUUUGGAGAGCUGGUUGAAGUCAGAGGUGGUAGAGUUAAGGAGACCGAUUCGCUUUUGAGGGGGAAUGAUGAGCAAGUCGAUGUGCACAACAAUGACAGCUCACAGGCAGGUGUGCAGACUGCGUCCGGAACAGAGCGGUUCGAGAACAGCGUUUCUGUAGCGCUAAGAGCUGGCUUCGGCACGGUCGACGAAGUGAUACCAUUCAGGAAGAACACAGAACAGUAG